CACGAUACUCUAGAUCUGGGCUGCGAAGCUUCGAAAGUAUGAUAUCACACGAAGUGACGAACCCCACUGGAGCGCCGCUAAAGGCUCUGGCAGGCUUUAGCUGAAACCUGGAUUCAGCAGCUUGCCAUCGUUUACACACCAGCCUAUAUUAUCAUUCUACACCAUGCCUGUCAUUUCAGUCGGCAUGCCUCUUGGACCAGGAUCCUCAACUUGUGGCUACUGUGGACCACCGGGAGCGCGAAGUAAUACUGAGACGAACUUCAAGAAAGCAGGGCUUUUUGCCUCACAACUGUCAUGCGAAGUCUAUCAAAAGAUGAUUGACCGAGGGUGGAGACGAUCUGGGACAUAUUGUUAUGCUCCUGAUCUAAGACGCUCCUGCUGUCCUCAGUACACUAUCAAGCUUGAUGCGAUAGCAUUCAAGCCCUCUCGCAGCCAAAGAAAACUCAUCAACCGAUGGAAUCACUUUGUUAUGCAAGGUCACAAAUCUGAGACUAGCGACUCUCUGCUACAGGGUGUUGCCUCGAAACCAACCAGACCAUUCAAGUCAGAGGGUAAUGCUUCGAAGCGCGACGCUCCAAAAUUUUCACUGUCUACUUCGAUACACGCUGCUGAGGCCAACAUUAUUCCUCCAAAUGAAACAGCCCGUCAUAAAUUUGAGGUUACACUUGAACCAUCAACCUACUCAGAAGAGAAAUACACGCUUUACACGCUAUACCAAAGCCAGAUCCACCACGACACAAACAACACACCGGGAGAUUUCAAGCGCUUCCUCGUGAAAAGCCCGUUGAUAAAUGAACCUAUCCCAUAUCCUGCAAGCGCACCUGACCAUCUUCCGUCACAAUAUGGUUCUUUUCACCAGAUGUACCGCCUUGACGGCGAAUUGAUCGCCGUGGGUGUAAUUGAUAUCUUGCCUGGUUGCGUCUCCAGCGUGUAUUUCAUGUACGAUCCAAGGCACGAAAAACAUUCCCUUGGGAAGCUCAGUGCCUUGCGAGAGGCUUCAUUGGCCACAGAGAUAUACAAUGCAGGCGCUAUUAACGUGACGUCACUUUGUAUGGGGCUUUACAUCCACUCUUGCCCAAAAAUGAAGUAUAAGGGCGGAUAUGCGCCUUCAUAUAUCGCCGACCCUGAAGAAUUUACGUGGUUUCCUUUGGCAGAUUGUAUUCCACAACUAGAGAGGUUUCGAUAUGCCGCUUUUGUGCACCCCGAAAAUUCGUUAGAAGGUCCACAGGAUCCUGGUGAAGGCCCUCCUGUUCGCGUCUCCGAGGAGCUGCUCGCCGAAGUCAUGGUCAUCUAUUCCAUGCAACAGGGGGCGAUAUCUAUAAUCCCUAUUACUUCAUCUGACCGGUGGGACGAUGAAUAUAGUCGUGAGGAGAUUUUGAGCUGUAUCGGUGCUCUAGGAGAUGAGUUGUCGAAGGAAAUCAUAUUCCGGCAAUAGAUGAUGGCUUUUUCUUUCUAUUCACGAUCAAUAUCGUUAGCUCAAGUAGACUCAUUUUAACUGUCGCGCGGACGCUCUCGGGAUGUACAAACCAAUGGACUUCGCCUCAUUUCAGACAAUUCAGAACCCAGUAGUAGAGGCACGUGAUCGUGUCUGAGGUGUCUUUCAUGCAGC